AUGCCAGCCCUCAAGAGCCUUGAAUACCUCGCGCUGAAUUAUCACUGUAAACCUCAUUCCACUUCUUUUGGCACACUGGAAGCUCUUUGCAGAAGUGUAGGCAACGAGUUUCCGCCUGAGCUUGGGCUGUACUUGAAGGGAAUGAUAUAUGAACGCAUCAGCCCUACGUGGAAGGGUGCAGAGACAGCUCGAUGCCUGAAGCUGGCAAUGCUGCUUAACGCGAGCGCGUGGCGUCAUGAAGAAGACACACUGCUCUACAAGAUCGUUUUGGAUCUUGAAAUCUUCGAUCCUGCGUUCAUAUCGAACAUGGGGAUCCAAUUUGUCGAUGACGCAAAAUUACAGAACAUCAAGAGAGUGGUUGAAUCGAGCUGCGAAGGGCUCCUCGCCGUAAACGACGGCGCUGUGGACUUCACUCACCGCACAGUGUACGACUUUCUCCUUACAUCUGAAAUGCAAGAACUUGUGGACGUGAGCGUUCCAGGAUGGAUGACUCGCCCUACCUUCAUCGGUCACCUACUUCUCGCUCGCUGCAGAACAGUCUACGGUACCCCAGAAGAGUUAGCAUACCCUAAGCAGCAUGAACUCACCUAUGGAGUCUUCGGAUUCCUGGAAAAGGCCUCGCCAGACAAUGUGUGCAACGAGACGUCGGCCCUUGAGCUUGCCGUCUUCGAUUUAGACCGCAAGAUUCCUCUCCCGCAGAUCACCUUUAAUGUGAGAGAUUACCGGCCGUUUCGGCGGUCAUCACACUGGAUGCUGGGCACAAUCAUGAGGAAAUUGAUGAAUCCAGCCACAGCUUUCAGGUCAUCUAUAUCAGAUUUUCACACUGGAUCCAGGCAGAUUUCCGACUGCACCACUUCUGUUGUGCAAGAAAUGAUCUCUUUCUUGGCGUGUCAUGGUCUUGACAUUCGCAUCUUGGCUAUAUCAUGGCGCAGCUAUCUCUACCACCACAGUGGACAAAUGUCACACCCGGAUCAGGAUCGCAUUACUCGCCUCUUGCUCGAAAGUGGCGUCGAUUAUUAUCAACUGUUUGAUGGAUGGUCUAAUCGAACGCACCCACAUCCAGAUCCUGCAGCGAUCGAGCUCACACAUCAACGGCGAAUAGAAACCCGAGCCGAAACCUGGCCGCAGAUUCACGACGAUAAUGGGAAUUUAUAUCAUCUAGUUUGGUGUCCGUGUUGUUUGAGGGAACACUGUAUUUCACGUCCAAAAGAUGAAGUCCCUCACACCCUGCCAAUCCGACAAGAUGCAAGCCUGUCUGGGAGCUCUAGUUGGCGUGUAUGA